CCUGCCCUGUGAGCAGUUUUUAUCUGUCAGCCUGUUCACUGUUCUGGCAGUUUAUGUCUCGCGAGAGCAGCCGAGCACGGGCUUGACGAGAUCUGAGGCGCUCAGGUGUAAGAGCCUCUCUCAUCCCCAGCAGUGGGAAACAGUAGACAGAUAAGUGCGUCUGAGAGACUGCAGGCAUCUCUGUGAUCUCCGGGCUCAAGGCUGCACUCGGCGCACUAUACAGCGAACUACACUGCGUCAUUACUGGAUAGGCAAAGGAUCACUGUGUGUCUGUGAUUGUUUUCUAGCUCUUGUAGCCGUUAUCCCCCUUCUUUCCGUGCACUUUAAUUGGAGAAGCUCGCCAAGAUGAUGUCCAUGAACAGCAAACAGCCGCACUUCGCCAUGCAUCCCUCUUUACCCGAACACAAGUAUACCACCCUGCAUUCCAGCUCGGAAGCUAUAAGGAGAGCCUGUCUGCAAACUCCACAGUUACAGAGUAACAUAUUUGCGAGCCUGGAUGAGACACUGCUGGCUCGGGCUGAGGCUUUGGCGGCCGUGGACAUCGCCGUGUCCCAGGGCAAGACGCACCCGUUCAAGCCCGACGCCACCUACCACACGAUGAGCACGGUGCCAUGCUCGUCGACAUCCACCGUGCCACUAGCCCAUCACCAUCAUCACCAUCACCACCACCACCACCAGAACCUGGAGCCACCGGACAUCAUGGACCACAUCAGCUCGCCGUCUCUCAGCUUAAUGUCCAGUGCGCACGACGUGGCGGGCGGCGGAGGUGGAGGUGGCGGCGGAGGUGGCGGUGGUGGGCUCAUCUCCACCUCCUCUGCUCACCCGCACUCUCACAUGCACGGUUUGAGUCACCUCUCCCACCAAGCUAUGAGCAUGAACUCACCUCUCACCCACCACGGGCUCUUACCGGGCCAUCACGGGGGAGGUCAAGGCGGCCCUGGGCUCACAAACAACGGACUUCCCUCCAUUAAUGACUCGGACACAGACCCAAGGGAGCUGGAGGCUUUCGCGGAGCGCUUCAAACAGCGGAGGAUCAAGCUGGGGGUGACCCAGGCGGACGUGGGCAGCGCUUUGGCUAAUCUCAAAAUCCCCGGCGUUGGAUCACUGAGCCAAAGUACAAUUUGUCGAUUCGAGUCUUUAACUCUCUCCCACAACAACAUGAUUGCGCUCAAACCCAUCCUCCAGGCCUGGCUAGAAGAGGCCGAGGGGGCCCAAAGGGAAAAAAUGAGCAAACCUGACAUUUUCAACGGAGGAGAAAAGAAACGCAAGAGGACCUCGAUAGCAGCCCCAGAAAAGAGGUCUUUGGAGGCUUACUUCGCCGUACAGCCUCGACCGUCGUCCGAGAAAAUAGCAGCUAUAGCUGAAAAGUUGGACCUGAAAAAAAAUGUGGUACGAGUGUGGUUUUGUAACCAAAGACAGAAGCAGAAGCGGUUGAAAUUUUCCGCGGCUCACUGAUGGGCGAAGAAGAGAAAUUGAAAAAAAAAAAUUAAAAAAACAAAAAAGUUGUGUGACUGAAUUUGGGGACCAAGGGACACCGAGACACCAUUUUCAGUCUUUUGUCUCCAGCGAUUUUACACGCUGGUGCACAAUGGACUUUAGAUACCCAUUUUAUGAGGCUUCAUAUAUCUUGUUUAUUUUCACGUUAUCGGUGAAUGUGAAGUAUGCAAAUAACAGAUUACACAAACUUCGCUCAGAUGUUACCAGGGAAAAGUUUAGCGACAUCGACAUUGCCUUUUAAAUAAAAGAAAAGAAAAGAAAAAAACUUGUGGAAAGAGGUAAUUUGCUCGAUACUAUAGCGAGUUAUUUUCUCCGAAUAGGCCUGUUAUUUUGAAGUAUAGCCAUUUACGAAUUACCUCACUGAUUGUUAAAUGUGGUUUGGGUUUGAUCUUUUCUGUCGUUGAUAUAGACUAAGUCAUGACUGUUCAUUUAUUCAUCCGUUCAUUUAUUCUUAUUUGGAGGCUGCUACGAACUGAAAUUUAGUUGCAAACUUUUUAUGGCUAUCGGAAAAAGAAUUAUUUUUCAGGCCUGCAUGAAAUCCUAAUUCACGGGAAGUAAUUUAGCCUGUGUGGGCUGUCACAUCUGCAGAUAUAUUUAUUUUGAAUUUGCACAAAGGACCCUUUAGGUUUCUAGAUCGGCUAUGUCGAAAUGCGUUUGUAUAUACAGACAUCACUUUAUCACUUAACAGAGGUGAGCUCCUGUGUUCUGGAAACAAAAUUAAUAAGGGGGAGGGGGUCUAUCUGCACCAUUGGCAUCACUAGGAAAAGUUUCAGACAGAUCAGAGCAUGAGAGCUCUGUCUGCAUCAUUAAGGAGAGAUCGCAAUCAAUAACAGGGGGUUUUCGUUCUUUCAUGUGUUUCAGUUUGCAGUGCAAACACUCUAUGCAUUGGAAGAAGAAUCACUGCAUAGCCUACAGCAGAGUUGUCUACUGCUAGACCUUAUUUUGUGGAUGGUGUAAGUCACUGUUUAAUGCCUGUUUUCACAUUGAGAUCACCACGUUGUUUGUCGUGUUAACUGUUACGGAAACGUUGUGUAAGUAAUAUUUUACUUUGUGCACAAAAGUAUGUUUACAAAAACUGCGGCGACAUGUGCAUCAUGGAGAAAAUGUCCCAAUGUCUCCUUCCCUCUUUCACAACUUCUCCACUCUCCUCUGUUGUCCUCUUACUUUCAUUGGUACUAUUCAUCCUGUAAGCCAAAUCCAACAGGGAGGUGUGUUCCAGCAAUCUUCUAAUAAAUCAAAGAAAGAAAACUGCUUUUCCUGGUUGU